CUCCAACAUGGCAUCGCCUGUUUGCAACUCCUUACGAGCGGCUCAAUUGAGAGUCUGUCGACAAUGCGCAUCCAAUAUUACACGGCGAGCAUUCGUUUCCGCAUCACAAAUAACGAAACAUGAGAUCCGCUCCAGACCAACAACCUCCAACAACAUAUCAUCACCAGCUAGACGAUCAUUCAACUCAACUAGCAGACGACAAUACAAGACAGUGGAAGAAGCAAAAACGCGGUACAAGCUCGGUCCAUUCUCAUGGCAGGCAGGCUUUCUCUUCUUGCUCGCGGGAGCAGGUCUGACAGUCUACUUCCGGUUUGAGAAAGCCCGCAUGGCUCGCGUACGAAUCGCAGAGGCAAAUAAGGGUAUCGGGAAGCCUCUGGUCGGCGGUCCUUUCCGUCUCACAGACAUGAAUGGGAAAGAGUUCACGGAGCAGAAUCUCAAAGGCAAAUAUAGUCUGGUGUAUUUCGGCUUCACACAUUGCCCUGACAUCUGCCCGGAAGAAUUGGACAAGAUGGCGGGGAUGAUCGAUCAGGUGAAGGAGAAGCAUGGAAAUGUUCUGCUGCCGGUAUUCAUCUCUUGCGAUCCCGCGAGAGAUACGCCGGAGGUCAUCAAGAGAUAUCUUGCUGAGUUUCAUGAAGACAUCAUUGGCAUGACGGGAACAUGGCAGGAGGUCAAGGACGUCUGCAAGGCGUAUCGUGUAUAUUUUUCAACGCCGCCAGAUGUUAAGCCUGGGCAAGACUACCUAGUCGACCACAGCAUUUACUUCUAUCUGAUGGAUCCCGAAGGUGACUUUGUCGAAGCGAUUGGACGAAACUUCACUGUCGAUGCUGCUGCGAAAGUCAUCAACGACCAUAUCGCGGACUGGAGAGGCAAGAUCGACAAGUCAUGAAAAUUCUAGCAUGGGAAUGUGUAACAUUAUUUUUGAUGAUGACUAUUGUACAAAAGAGCAGUCGAUAAGCCAUCCCAGCGGUGUAGAGAUCUCGCAGUCGACCUCUGCAGAUAGAUAUACCCCAUACCACUCUCAUCAAGUGUAUCUUACUCCUCC